UCCGAUAAAAAAAUCUACCUAUAUUGUACAUUAUAGCCAAGUAUAUUCUAUUCUAUUCUAAAUAACUACCAAAUUAGAGACACAAGUAUACCUAAUAAAUUCCUUAGUGUUGUUGCCAUAAUAAUACUUUCACGCUGAACUAUUUUGCCUAUUUGAAUAUUUGUUAGUAAUGUGAACUUAUUUUCAGACACUCUGAAGGGACAGCAAGCACUAGAGGUUUUGAAACUGACGCAUGUGAUGAUAAUAACUCUCAUAUUGCAAUAGACCCUGAUUAUUUGCAAAUAGCUGCGACUAGUGAUGAUACUGAAAAAGAUGACGUUUCACUAGUUAUAGAAGAAGAAAAAAUGUCGGAUGAAUUUCACCCUAUUACAGGACGUAGAAUUGUUGACAUAAAUUUUCUUUUGGAAGAACUUCAAAAAAAAGGAAGUCAUAGUGAUUUGUUUGAUUGCAAAAGUAAUUACUUUCAUUUAGUUGGCGAAAAAAGACUCGGACUUACAUCGGUUUUUAAAUUUCAAUGUAGAAUGUGUAAAAAAAUCUGUCUUAUACAUUCUGAAGACACCAAUAAUACGGAGCAAGUAAAUUUAAACAUAGCUGCAACUACUGGAAUUGUGGCUUCUGGCAUUGGAUACUCACAAUUUGAAGAAUUGUGCUCUUCCAUGGAUGUUCCGAUAUUUUCUCCAAACUACUACAACAAAUUACAAAAUGAGGUUUACGAAAAGUGGGAAAAAACUGCAAGCGCAUCCAUGGAGGCUGCUGCUGCAAAAGAAAAGGAGAUAGCAAUUGCGGAAGGCCGGAUUGAAAACGGAUAUCCCGUGAUAGAUGUUUAUGUUGACGGCUCGUGGUGUGCGAGGUCGUACGGUACUAAUUACAAAGCUUCGUCAGGUACAGCAGCAAUAAUUGGGAGAAGAACUGGUCAGAUCAUUUAUAUGGGUGUGAAAAAUAAGUAUUGCUUGAUGUGUGCCAGAGCAGAUAAUAAAAAUGUUGCCUCAAAAGAACACGCUUGUUUUAAAAAUUAUCAAGGCUCUUCAAGUUCAAUGGAAACGGAAAUUUUAUUAGAAGGCUUUAAAUCUUCAGUUUCAAUGUACGGGCUGGUUUACAAAAAAAUGAUAGGCGAUGGAGACGCGUCGACAUACGAAAAAAUUUUAAAAGCUAAACCAUAUGAAGCUCAAAAUAUAACGGUUGAAAAGAUUGAAUGCAGAAACCACAUUUUGCGUAAUUUUUGUAAAAAAAUGCGGGCAUUGAAAACUGAAACUAAAUAUGCGCUAGCACAUCGAAAGACGCUUACAAACGUAAAAAUAAUGUCAAUGAGGAAGACCAUUGUGAAAUGUAUAAAACAUCACAACGUUUCAAAAAGUCCUAGAAGCGUUUCUAUAUCGGUUUUGCACAAUGACAUUGUCAACUCAUUGCUACAUGCUUAUGGUGAUCAUAAAAUGUGUCAGAGCUAUUACUGUGAUAGGGAGGAAAAUAACAGUGAUGAACUAAAAAUCAUCCAAAACUCUACGUUUGCAUUCAGAAUCAAUGCGAUUGUUUCAAAUGUAGCCAUGAAAUCACGUAGCUUGAUUGAAGAUGUAGAUACUAAUAUUGUCGAAUGCUUUAAUAGCGUUAUAGCUAAGUUCAUUGGAGGGAAAAGAGCAAAUUUUUCUCUAAAACAGGGCUAUCAAAGUAGAUGCUCAGCUGCAGUUGUCUCCUUUAACUCAAAAUCGGCUAUUUCAUCCGUCCAAAAAGAGUUUACAAACAAAAAUUCUAGUGGAAGAAUUGAAGAAAUGGAAAGAAAAAGGGCUCUGAAGCGAAAACAUUUUGUACAGCACCCAGUAAAGAAGAAAAGAAUUUUAAAAGAGGCAAACAAAAAACAACACGAUUACGGUCCUUCUAGUUCUGCACCAGAUAUGUCACAUGAAGAUAUGGAAAUGGCAAAAGAAGAAUUUAUGAAAAAUUUACAAUCGUUGACCUCUAACAAAAAGGCAAUAGAAAGAGGUUCUAUAUUGCAAAGAGAAAGUAGUGAGUGGUUGGAGAUCCGACAAAAACUAAUUACAGCAUCAAAUUUUGGCCCAGUAUGCAAGCGAAAACCAUUGUCAAAUACAGCUAACUUGGUGAAAAGUAUAUUGUAUCAAAAAAAUCUAGCUCAUGUAGCGUCCGUUGCUCAUGGAGUUGAGAACGAAAAGCUGGCAUUACUGCAAUUACAGCGACAGGAAAAUGUUGAAAUUUUACCCUGCGGCUUAUUUAUUGAUUCUGUACACCCAUUUAUUGGAGCGUCGCCUGACGGGUUGAUUGGUCAAGACAUAAUUGUCGAAAUAAAAUGUCCUUUCACAGUUUCUAAAAUUGGAUUGGCAAAAUCUAUUGAACAAAACAAAAUUCAAAUAUUGAAAUAUAACAAAGACACAAAAACCUGUACUAUAAACAAAAAAUGUCAUUGGUACUACCAAAUUCAGGGCCAAUUACAUGUCACAGGGCGGCAAGUGUGUCUCCUUGGUAUCUGGGCAAGUGAGAAUGAGCCAUUAUUCACAGAACGAAUACAUAAAGAUGAUCAAUUCUGGUAUAAACAUAUGGAGCCUAGGCUAGUACAAUUUUACUUUAAAUGUCUAUUGCCAGAACUCGUGGACAGUAGAUAUAAACGUGGCAUGCCCAUAAGAAAACUCACAUUGCAAGACAAGGAAAAUGAUCAUCCUUUGAGUUCAAUUAAUAAUUUGGAACAACCGGGUCCAAGUUCACAUAAACGUGGCGUCCCAAAAAGAAACCUCCCGUUACCAGCCGAACGAAAUGAACAGCCUUCAAGUCCAAUACAAGAUUUUCAGGAACCAGGUCCAAUCACACGCGUAAUUGAUAUUACAGAAUUUUGAUUUUUGUUGCGGUGUAUCCAAAGCUGUUAUAUUUGAGAAAAGAAUAUUUAUUGAUAAUUAACAUAAAUAAAAAUAUUAAUAAUAAAAA